AUUAUAAACUGUGUAGCGAAAAGAAUUUUCUUCUUAAAUUUUGUUGAAAAAUGUUGUUGUAUGAUAUUUUUAGCUAACUAUCCACCCCAGAAGGCAUGGCGCUCAAGCUCAAUGCUUCGGCUGUGUACUCACUGCAGAGCCUUCAGUUACGCCACAGAACUCAGAGCUGCUUAUGGAGUUGCAAACCUAAUCGAUUGUAUCGAAGAAUUUCGUGCAGUAUGGAUAUGGCUGCUAACCAGCCAUGUGAUCCUAAGAAAUUGAGCAUCAGUCAUAUUGUGGGCAAGGCAACAAGUUUGUGGGAUACUUCUCCUCGGCCGCUCAAGACGUUUCCCUGGAACAAGACGUUAAAUCACUUCAUCCAACUCGUUGUCGACCUUGUGUUGGCAGUUAUCAGAAUCCUAGCCAUUCCUGUGUUUUGUACAACAUCAAUCACUGAAAUGUCUUAUUGUGCACAUGAAAGGAAGCUGUACCUUAUCCCACUUCCGUUUCUAGUUGGUGUCGCUCUAGCCGGGGUGCUACACAAUGCUGCCUUGGAGUCGUCUUCGUAUCUCAAGUACGCAGAAGUCCCGUGGCAUCUGAUUGCUCUUCUAACAUCCUUUGCACUGCUCAAGUUUCCUGGCCCUUAUUACCCAUAUUGGGGCCGUAUAUUCAUUCCUCACAUGGCAAACGGAGCAAUAUUGAGGACCUUGUGGCUCUUGUUUCUAUGGUUCCGAAAGCCCCAAAAGGCACCAGAAAAUAACCACGGUGAUUCCGUAGCCGACAGUCCUAAAAUAGACAUGGUCUCGUAGCAUCAUAAACCCUCAGCAGGUGUAGAUGCAGUUUAGCACUUCGGCCAUCAGCUCAACUAUUUGGAAGAGGUUUUUAGGUUAAUUGCAAAACAAAUGUUUGAUAUAAGACUAUAUAAGAGAAGAUAAGGAUGAAGACCCUCUCUACUCUUUCACUAUACUCGAAUGAAAUGCCAAAUAUCUACAA